GAUCAGUGUACAUUAAGACUGCACUUGGAAAUUGAUCAAGGACGGCCACCAUCACUGUAGUCAGUUACGAAAUCUAAUCAUGGACCCCCGUACCAGUGCCAAGUACGUGAUGCGAUGUGACCUGUGUGAGACCGCUGUGGUACAGAUACACUGUGAUACAUGUCUUGUCAACCUGUGUAAGGCCUGUGUGGGAGAACAUAUGAUAUCUGAUCAAUCUAUCAGUCACAAAGUCGUCAGUUUUCAAGCCAGAAAAUCUUAUAUCAUCUACCCUGGAUGUACACCUCAUAGCAAGGAACGAUGUAAAAUGUACUGUAAACAAUGUGAAAUUCCUGUCUGUGUCAGUUGCAUUGAUUCAAAUGAACAUUUAGGUCAUGAAUUAUCUAAAAUCUUGCGAGUUUUUGAUGAAAAGAAAGAAAGUAUUACAAAAGAAAGAAAUGAAUUAAAUGAUAUAAUUUACCCAACCUACCAGGACAUUGCCUCUGAUGUACAAAACAGAAUGAGUCAGUUAGAAAAAGAAUAUGGAGAUCUCUCAACAGCCAUAACAAAACAUGGGGAGGACUGGCACAGAGAAAUUGACAAACUUGUCAAGAAACUUAAAGUUGAAAUUGAUGUGAUGAAAAACACACAGUUACAAACUCUACAGAAACAUCUGGAUAAAAUAAACAAGAAAAUGUCUGACAUCAAAGGUGAAAUCAAUGCGGCUGAAAUGGUUAUAGUCACUAAUGACUUGUCAAAACUGUUUAAUGUCACAUCCAGUGUACAUAUAUACAGGAAUCUUCCAAACAAAAUAAUGCCAUCUUUACCAAAAUUCAACACAGGUAAGCUCCAUUUAAGAAAAGAACUUGGUAAAUUGUUUGGAUCCUUAUCAUCAAGUUCUUUUACUUUAGAUAAACAUGGCUACAGCAUGAAGACAACACAGAAAUCACUAGAAGCUGGAUCCCCUCCUCCAGUCAAACAGCUGCUUGAUGAACCAGAGACUGUCACCACCAUAGACACUGGGUAUACAGAUAACCUUUACAAUGUAUUCUGUCUGAGUGAUGAAAAAAUCUGGACAAGUGGACUCGACAUCACCAUGAAACUCUUCAGUAUCAAUCAAAGAUCACUACUCAAGUCAAUCACAACCAAGUCAGGGAACAUACAAGAUGACAUAGCAGUGACAAAAAGUGGAGAUCUAGUUUAUACUGAUUACACUGAUAGAACUGUGAACAUCGUGAAGAAUGAGAAGAUAAAGGAGGUGAUCAGACUACAGAACUGGAGACCUCGCAAUGUCUGUAGUACCUCCUCUGGUGACCUCCUGGUUAUCAUGGAUAGUGAUGAUUACAAACAAACAAAAGUCGUCCGUUACUCUGGCUCCACAGAGAAACAAACCAUUCAGUUUAAUGAUGAAGGUAAUCCUCUCUAUUCAUCUGGUCGUUAUACCAGAUACAUAACAGAGAACAGGAACCUGGAUAUCUGUGUGUCUGACUAUGGAGCUGAUGCAGUAGUGGUGGUAAAUCAGGCCGGGAAACUGAGAUUCAGGUACAGUGGACAUACCCCUGCUCCAAAGAACAAACCAUUCUAUCCACGAGGAAUCACCACAGACAGUCAGAGUCACAUCCUUACAGCUGAUCAUGUCAAUGAGUGUGUCCACAUCAUAGACCAGGAUGGACAGUUCCUCUGUUAUAUAGACUGUGGACUGCGUAAACCCUGGGGACUGUGUACAGAUACAAAUGAUAAUCUGUUUGUUGCUCAGUGGGGAAACGAACGAGUGAAAAAAAUAAAAUAUCUGACGUAAUAUA